AGAUUGCUCCCCCCUUAAUGCUUUCGGAACGACAACUCGGUUCUUUUUCAAAGGCAUAUGACCACCCUUGUGUCCUCCAAGGCUCUUGUUAAUCUGGGAAAUUCAGUGAGAUUUUGCGAUAUCGUUUGAUGUGCUAGACCUACUGGAAGAUUAUGCUCAUGCCACAGAUGUUUGGGGCAGGACAGUGGAUAUCCUGUGCAUACAGACAACUGUCCAGAUUUCUACAUGUUUCACACAUAGGGCAGAAGUUUUACAAUGGCAUGCCAUAUCAUUAUCCUCAGAAUGAGGCUAGCACUGGAAUCUCUGUCUGGGUCACAUCCAUUGUAACUCGCACAAUGGCUUCCUUGAAUCAGAUGCAUCGCAAAGGUCCUCCUAAACCCAAGCCAAAAAAACGGACACCCAUGGAUGGGCGACCACAACUAAAGGGAGUUGUACUGAAAACUCUUAUCAAAAAGCCAAAAAAGCCCAACUCUGCAAACAGAAAGUGUGUGCGCUUGCGACUGAGUACUGGUAAGGAAGUGACAGCUUAUAUACCUGGUGAAGGUCAUAAUUUGCAGGAACACAGCAUUGUGUUGGUCCGAGGGGGAGAGUCAGAUUUGCCAGGUGUCAAGCUUAAAUGUAUCCGAGGCAAAUAUGAUUUAGCCCAUGUCAAGAAAUAAAUGUGCUCAAUAGCAGUGUGCAGCUGUCACUUAUGAUUUAUAAUGAUUGAAAAAGCAAAGUACUCAGAAAUGAACAAUGCAGAUUUUAAAAUAUUUAGUUUUCAACAAAGGGUGUCAUUACAUUGUGGAAGAUUUGGUCAUGUUCUUAUCAUUGGCUGCAGUUUGCUAACACUAUGGCUCAGUCGGCUCCUAUCCAAGCUUCUCAUCUUAGCAAACAGAACACAAGCAAACACCGUUAUCACCGACCUGAAAUAUUUAUUUUCAAGAAUUUUAAUUUCCCACAAAAUGUUUGACAUAUUGGCAGACUUAUGCAACAGCAGAAAAACAGUACCACUGGGGAAAAAAAAAUCAAACUAUUUCAAUAAGCUUGGAGGAUGUCAUUCUCACAACCACUGAGAAGGAGUUCUAUCCACUCUACAUUUCAACACAGUUUGAUUGUGCAUGAUUAGUGUAUUAAAACAUUUCACAACUAC